UUUGGAGCUAGUUUAAAAACACAAAUACAGUCUUCUAAAAGUGCUUCUAAGGUUGCAUGUCAAUAUUUUAAGAUCAAAAAAAUUUAUAAAAAUAAUUCAAGGAUAUCUAGUUCUUUAUUAUUUGGCUUAACAUUAACAAGUGUUGAAAAUAUACGUAGAACUUUAACACUUAACUAUAAUUAUCAAAUCUAUCCUUUUGAAAAACUUAGUGUUUCAACACAGCAUUGCAAAUUAUUAAAAGUAGCUCAACAAGUUUUAAAUACAGUUGAAAAAGAAAAAAAAAAUUUCCAUUCUAAUGAUUAUAUAAAUAUUAAACAAAUUCGGCUUGAAAUUGGAGAAGAACAAUUUGAUAUUAAUUUUGGAAAAUUUGAUAAAAAAAGUGAAGAAGAACGAAAAAAAGCAAUUGUAAAAUCAUUAAAUUGUGGUCAAAUUACAAGAGAAGCAUAUCGAUUAUUAGCACGAAUUGAGUAUAAUAUUCCACGUGAAGGAGCUAUAUCAGAAAUAAGACAAAAAAUAAAUUUAGAAAUGAAAAAAAAUUUCACUAUCACUUGUAAAUAUAUUAUAGCCAACUACAUUUGA